GGUCUGGUGUUUGGCUGAGCGUACUGAGUGUUACAGUACAAACACAAUCGGUAAUUGGAUCGAUCCGCCCGGCUCUCCCUCCUUCAUGUGCUUCACGUCAGCCGGUUUAUUUCACGACGCCCUUGACGCACAUACGGCCUCUUUGUCAAAGCCGUCGGGGGAAAUGACGUCAUCACGUCAGUACGCCAGGCGUGGUGGCCAAGGCUGUGUUUAGCUACCGAGCACGCAGUGCGCUCCGUAUACUUCGUCAAGUGUAAAUACGGAACACAUCCAGAUAAUUUUCCCAUAAUGGGAAAUUAGACUUGACAUUAAAAAUGAUAUUGAGAGAGAGGAUAAGAUGACGUCACCAUGAGUAAGCCGGAAGAGACGGAGGACCGGUCGUAGGCGAACAACACUUCCGUAAUGAGAUGGAGAAUCAGGAAGAACAGCCUGUCGGUGCUGAGAGCAUUGAAUUUAGUUUAGCACCCGAGAAUCCUGCAGUGGAAGAAGCUGCUCUUCCAUCCACGCAGAACACCUCGUCACGGAUGAUGGCCGUCUGUCGAUGCGUUUGGUGUUUUUUGGGAUUCUUGAUUUUGUUUGGCUGCGUUGCCGCCGGCUUUUAUGUGAUGAACCUCAAGUUAGAGCAGGUUGCGAGUACCGUGAACACCACCAAAGAAGACCGCUGGCGUCUGAACGACAUUCUGACGCAGCAUGACGACCUGAUGAAGAAGCAUCAAGCGCUGAAGCCGUCCAAACAAUCAUUUCAACUCGCCCGACUGAUCCAGGAGCAGCAACAGAUGAACACCAGCCUGAAGGGCCUGCAGCCUAAGCAAAAUGAACUGCAGGUUCAGUAUGACGCACUGAAGACCAAAUUAAGCUCGCUACAAAGCACUAGCAUGAACGUGGAACCGCAAGUAAAUACUCUUCAACGGCAGAUUGAGGAAAAUGUCAAGUCCUGCAACAAAAGGGCAACAGAUCUCCAGACAAUGAAUAAGACUUUAGCCACCCUGAAACAACAGCAGCAGAAAUUGUCCGAUCUACAGCACAGAGCGCAGGGAUUGGCCCGCGGCAUCGCUUGUAACAAUGACAUGGCGUACCGCUUCAGUUGCUCGAAGAAAAAUUAGAUGUGUCACAUGUCCACUUCCUCGCCACUGGUUCCCGAUCCUUACCGAUCCGCGGCACCCGUUCUUCCUAUGUCGGGAUAUAGCCCUGAAUUACCAUUUCGGGCGCUCACGCUGUACAAGAACACAUGAAGGACAUACAAAAUACAGUCUGAAAAGAUGACAUAUGAGACAGUGUUUUAGUCGUAUUUAGUCAGUCGGGGCCCAAGGCUAACCCUCUACAUCCUUGAAUCAACGUUUCAGUUUUUACUAGGGCUGUUGGAUGAUUAAAAAUGGUAAUCA